CUCUGGCAGAGUCUGCGUGGGACAGGGCGGCUGAUUGGCAUAUCCAGAGGUUCCCUUCCCAGGUCCAGCCCAGGUGCUCACCAUGACCACCAUCUCCCCUGAAACAAGUUUAGAAGACUUUGAGUAUGAUGAGCUUGCAGAAGCCUGUGAUAUGGGGGACAUCGUGGCCUUGGGAACUGUCUUCCUGGCCAUACUCUACUCCCUUGUCUUUGCCUUUGGCCUGGUGGGAAAUUUGUUGGUGGUGUUUGCCCUCACCAACAGCCAGAAGCCCAAGAGCAUCACUGACGUUUACCUCCUGAACCUGGCCUUUUCUGAUCUGCUCUUUGUAGCCACCUUGCCCUUCUGGACUCACUAUCUUAUAAACGAGCAAGGCCUUCACAACGCCGUGUGCAAACUCACCACCGCCUUCUUCUUCAUCGGGUUUUUUGGAGGCAUAUUCUUCAUCACCAUCAUCAGCAUCGACAGGUACUUGGCCAUUGUCCUGGCUGCCAACUCCAUGAACAACCGGACUGUGCAGCAUGGCGUCACCAUCAGCCUUGGCGUCUGGGCAGCCGCCAUCUUGGUGGCCGCACCCCAGUUCAUGUUCACCAAACAGAAGGAAAACGAAUGCCUUGGUGACUACCCUGAGGUCCUACAGGAAAUCUGGCCUGUGCUCCGCAACGUAGAAAUCAAUUUUCUUGGCUUCCUGCUCCCCCUGCUUAUUAUGAGUUACUGUUACUUCAGAAUCAUGUGGACACUUUUUUCCUGCAAAAACCAAAAGAAAGCUAAAGCCAUUAGGCUGAUCUUUCUUGUGGUCAUCAUGUUUUUCCUCUUCUGGACACCUUACAACAUCAUGAUUUUCUUAGAGACACUCAAUCUCUAUGACUUCUUUCCCAACUGUGACAUGAAGAGGGAUCUGCGGUUGGCCCUCAGUGUGACUGAGACAGUUGCAUUUACCCACUGUUGCCUUAAUCCCCUUAUCUAUGCAUUUGCUGGAGAGAAGUUCAGAAGAUACCUUUACCACCUGUACAGGAAAUGUCUGGCUGUCCUGUGUGGUCAUCCCGUCCACGUCAGUUUCUCCCUGUCCCCGUCUGAAUCACAAAGGAGCAGGCGAGAAAGUGUUCUGAGCAGCAAUUUCACUCAUUAUACCAGUGAUGGAAAUCCAUCCAUCCUCCUCUGA